UGACUCUGCAAGAUGUAGGGAGGAUGAAAUACGAUUGGUUUCCUAGUCAGAGGGUACAAACUCUGUCUGCUAACUUUAUGAGCUGUGAAGACACGAAUUAAAGGGAGAUUUGCUUCUCAGUCUUUAUACUUGUCGUUCCAAGCUUGUGUGAUGUACAUCAAUUACUUGAACGACUAGUAUAUACCCUGCACCGCGAAUAAUGGGAAUAAACUUAACAUUUUGUUGUCACUUUGUGAAGUGCGAGGUCCAGGCUGAAGACUGUGGCCAUUAACACUGCGCACGCCAAAUCCAGUUAUUCAAAAUAACGAUACUGCCCAACCGGUUGAAUGGAAACGAGCUGAGCAGAUGCGGUAAAGCAAUUGCGGAUCAAUCACCCAAAGCUUGGGGAAGGCAAGAGACUUCCGGAAUUUCCUGGAUAAGUAUAAAAUGUGGAGCUGACAGUCGGGCACAAGCAUUCUGCAAGCUGCAUCAAUUCAAAAUGAGGCUGCAUCUCAUACCACUGGUUGGACUCCUGGCACUGAUUAUGGCCCAAUCCCAAGUACUCCUCCCGGGAUUUCGCGUGCGACAGGUUCCUGUGCUCGACAUGGGCAAGAUUCGAGUGGUGCAGUACCUGGACGCGGCCUCCACAGUCACUCCAGAGCUGGUAAAGGAUCAGUUCAGCAGGCGAUUCACUACGCUGGCCAAGCCCUUGGUCAGUGGUGCUGCUCCCCAAACCAGCCUCCCAAACUUGUAAUUUAUUAUGAUUGCCUAAGAGUCAAUUUGAUAAGCGAAUAUAUAAAUAUUAUAGGUACCUUUAAA